CCUGAUCUCGUUGUGUCUCAAACCAAAUUACCGCCGCCUCCCGGAGGUAUGCAACCCGGGGGUCGAGAACCAGCCCUUUCGAACCAGUAUCGGCCAAAUGCAGACAAUAUGACCACAAAUGGGACAAAUGGCGAUCAUUUAGCGUCUAAUUUGCCUGAAGACCGACUCUUCCAAAAGCUUGAAAAGGCAUCGAAAGAAGAUAUGGUCACUAAAUAUUUCCGACCGAUGAGAAGGGAUCAACUGUUAAGUAAAGUGAAUACUUCACUAAACAAAGUGAAGUUAAUAAACAAAACGUUGAGAUGCUUUGAAUUGAGCGAUAAAACUAAUAAAGCAUUGAAUGAAACGAAUUCAGUCAUCGAUUUGACUCUAAAUAACAAUCAAACCAAUGAAAGGAUUAACAGUUCGGAGAUUAAUUCCCGACAAAAAUACAGUAAAUCUGUGCCUUUGACCGCAAACUAUAAUACCGACGACUCUAUGCUUUCUGCCACCAGUGGGUCCAUGAGUGCGGGUGAAAGUCCUCGCAGACAAUACCCCCAUAGACUCGAUAGACUCGAUGUAAUGCCUCAUUUCAAUAUAGAUUCGUCGGAAAUCUCUGAUAUUAAGGUUGGAAAUCACUUGUCGAGCGCUAACACGAGGAAUCAUUAUCUAAAUACUAUUAAAAGUUAAUCACCUGUUGAUAACUAACAUCACAAC